GCUGUGAGAUGGUGACUGCAGAGGGAGGGAACUCCGACCCAGCAGCAAUGGGUUGUGGUCAGCAUUCCUUCCUGGCCCCGUUCCGCCGCACACUGUCCGCCCCGUCUGACGGGCGUCAUUCCUCCAUCCUGCAUGGCAGCGUCAGCUGCUGUGAUCGCGGAGCAUAGUGAAUCACAGUCUGGAAAAGAAGUAUAUUCAGCUGAGGAGAUGGCUGAAGGAGAGAGGCUUCCGGGAGAAACAGCUGAGGGCAGCACAUUUUCCAGCCAAAUCUCUGGAGUAUGACUGGAGAGGCUCUACCUCACCUGACUGCUAGUCUGUGACUACCUGGGGAUCCACUGUUGAACGAGCGAUACAGGAAGGGGACUGAUGACCACACAAUUACUGCAGCCAGGGGAGUUGAUCAUCUCCUUACCGGAGUCCUGUCUGCUCACCACCGACGUUGUCCUCUUAAGUUACCUUGGUAAAUACAUUACAGGGUGGCGUUCCCCUAUCUCCCCUCUGCUUGCCUUGUGCACUUUCCUAAUCACUGAGCGGUAUGCGGGUGAUCGGUCGCCAUGGCAACCAUAUCUAGACGUAUUGCCAAGCACCUAUGACUGCCCUGUGUACUGGGAGCCAGAAACUGUGGACUUUCUGCCUGAUCCUGUGAAAGAGAGAGCCAUAGAGCAGAGGAGAAUGGUUCAUGAGCUCUACUCCUCAGCUUUGCCCUUUUUCCAGUCCCUACAGUCCCUAUUUUCAGAGAACACAGAGAACAUUUUCUAUUACGAUGCUUUGCGGUGGGCCUGGGGCACUGUGAACACCAGGACGGUGUACAUGAAACAUGCGCAGAGGGACUGCUUCUCUGGGGAGCAGAACGUUUAUGCCCUGGCCCCAUUCUUAGACCUGCUGAACCACAGUCCAGGAGUACAGGUGGAAGCUGCAUUCAGUGAGGAGAAGCGCUGCUAUGAGAUAAGGACUAACGUCCAGUACAAGAAAUAUGACCAAGUGUUCAUCUGCUAUGGACAUCAUGACAACCAGCGCCUCCUGCUGGAGUAUGGCUUUAUGGCAGCCCGUAACCCUCAUAGAAGUGUUUAUGUGACAAGAGAUGUCAUCCUUCACAAUGUGUGCUCUGCGGAUAAACAGUUACAGAAGAAAUGGUCACUGCUGAAGGAAAAUGGGUUCUUAGAGAACUUGACGUUCGGACAGGACGGACCCUCCUGGAAACUCUUUACUGCUCUCAAGCUACUGUGCCUUGGAGACGAUGAAUUUAAAUCCUGGAAAAAGGUUCUUCUGGGAAGUUUUGUUUCCGAGUCCAAUGAACGGAACAGCUUGGACCUGGUGAGAAAGAUCUGUCUCCAGUUACUAGAACAGACCUCCCAUGUUCUACAGGCGAUUUGCACCUUGAAACCUGAGAAGACAAGUGACCCCCACAUUGCCUUAGUGGAAGCUUUAAGGUUGGAAGAAAGGAAUCUACUGCAAGGUUCAGCCAGCGUUCUCCAGUACGGACACAAUGUAACGCUCUGAUCGCGUGCACGUCCGUCUGUCCAUUGGCCAGGCAUUGAGUGGCCUGAGCCCACACUAUUCAGCUUGUCUUCUAUCCGUUUACUAGGAACCUGUAACAUCAGUGAGACAUGAGGUGCCAUUGGUGCCUCACUGAUUACUAGGCCGCCUUAUCAGCUCUGGAAAUUGCUACCUGACGGUAAUGGGGACAAUAUAACGCUAUCCAGAAAUUUUUUUUAACUUUAACAUAGUUGUUCUUUUUCUUUGUUCUGUUAUUAAACACAGAAUCAUAUCUGGCGACUAGAGGGGCUUAUUCUGCGUCGAACGCAUGUGUGGCCGCUUUUACGUACAGCUGCCGCAUCUACUUACUUUUAUAUGCAAAUGCGAGAUUCCGCCGCUGUGUGCGGAAAAUCCGUGCGACUGACAGUGGAAGCCUGUCCCGCCAACUGGGUUUCCAUCGGCAGACGUGACCGCCAUCACUAGUGUCUAAGACUACUGCACAAUUUAUUGAUUGUAAGUCAAUGUCAUCACCACAUAUUAUAUCAUUUUCAUAUAAUAUAGAUAUAGGGUCUAAUUCAGGUUGGAUCGCAAAAUUUGCGAUUCACAAUCGGGCCAAUUAUCGAAGGACUGCGAAUGCACAGCGUUUGCAUUGCGUACUGCUGUUUGAGUGACAGGAAGCUAGCGUUUCUGGCUGGAAAUCCGCCGUUUACUGGGUGUGUCUGAAAAAAUGCAGGCGUGCCCAGGCAUUUUUAAGGAGGGCCUCUGACGUUAGCGAUGACCACUUCCAGCCUCUUGUUUAGCAAAAAUUGAGGAUGACCUUGCCUGGCGCAGAUAGGAAACAUCUUCGAUGUUCCGGUAAUUGCGUAUGAUUUUGCGAUCAGCCCGCAUAUUGCGAUGCAUUCACAAUUUUUACGAUGGGCAUUUUUUCUCUAUUUGAUCGCAGAAACUGCUUUUUAGCAGAAACUGCAAUCCUUACUGAAUUAGGCCUAUAAUGUAGAUAAUUUAUAACCCACACACCUGUUAAAUGUAUUCAUACCAAUAAAAGAACUACCAUCAA